UUUCUUGCAUUACGUUUGUGCUGUCAACCGGUCGUUGUAUGCGUGUUCGAUAUUUCCAUAAUUUAUUUGCCCCAGUAUCCAAUGAAUUUUAAACAACGUGAACCGAUGUAAUAUCAUAAGUUAUAUUACGAAUGCCAAUACAGAAUUGACUAAUAACCUAUUGGAUAUAUAACAAUGGAUGUAGACGAUUCGGCGGUGGACCUGAGUGUUAGGUCAUUACCGCCAGAGCUGAGUGAGCUGAGAGCAUUAACUGCUAGUGGAUUAACUAUCACCCCUGCUCAACCGCCGCCUCAUGGCUCGAGCGGGCGCCGGGUGCUGCGCCCCCGCUCGGAGCAGCGCAGCUACGCGGAGAGCCCCGACAUCGUGCUGCUGCCGGCCGCGCCGCCGCACAGGAAGCCCGCCGUGCCCGCACCCGCGCCAUUUACAGAUGUGAGCAGCAAAUUAAACUCGAGCGCUGUGAACGUGUCAAUAACUCCGAGCGCACUAGCGGCCGCGCCCGAGUCUCCUCGCGACCCGCGCGAUGACGACUCCUCCGACGAUGAGAACGAACCACCUCUCUUGUUGGCUAAGGAGCUGCCGAGCUCGGAGAUAUGGGAGCGCGAGCGGCGCAUGCGCGCGCUGCGCGAGAAGCUGCGCGCGGAGGAGACGCGGCUCGUGCUGCUGAGGAAGAUCCGCCAGUCGCAGCAGACCACGCCGCUGCCCGCCGCCAAGGAAAGCGGCACGGCCCUGGCAGGCAGCGGCUGCGUGGUGCCGCCCGGCGUCACCGUCACGCCCGCCCCGCCGCCCGCGCAUCAGCACGCUAAGCGCACGGGCACCGGCAGCGCGGCCGGCAGCCUGGCGAGCGGCGCGGCGCGGCGCACGUCCAGCCUGCCCGGCGGCGCCACGCUCACUGCCGGCGGGUAUCGCUCGCAGUCGUCUUCGUCAGGCGGCGCUAGUAUCACGCCCUCGGUGACAAUAACUCCAGCGCCGCCUCCCGCAUCACACCAGGCUUCUGCUAAGGCCAGUUCCCGCAGCUCUGAAGACACACAGACGCCAGCCCAACGCCAGGCCGCAGCCAAACUUGCGCUGAGGAAGCAGUUAGAGAAGACCCUGUUGCAGAUCCCGCCCCCGAAGCCCCCGCCGCCGGAGAUGAACUUCAUCCCGUCGCCCAGCAACACGGACUUCGUGUACCUGGUGGGGCUGGAGCACGUGGUGGACUACCUGACGCGCGAGGAGCGGCUGCCGCGCGGCGCGGUGCCGGCGGCGUGCGCGCAGUGCGGCGGCGACUUCACGCCCGUGUGGCGCUGGGAGCGCGCGCCCGCCGGCCGCGCGCGCGCCGACGCCACCUUCGCGCCCGCGCCCGCGCACGCGCCCGCGCCGCGCCGCCUGUGCGAGCUGUGCGUCUCGGGGAACGUCAAGCGCGCGCUCAAGGCGGAACACACAGCACGCCUGAAGACUGCUUUCGUUCGCGCGUUACAACAGGAACAAGAGAUCGAGAGGAGACUCUCUGCGUCCCCUCCCCCCUCCACGCCCGCGCCACCACCGGCGCACUCGCAUCGCAAUAUUCCGCGCGCCCCCCGCGCGCCGCCGUCGCCCGCCGCGCCCGCCUCGCCGGCCGCCAAGCCCGCGCAGCCGCCGCCGCCCAGGAGCUCAUCGAUGUCGUCAGAGCUCCGCAGCCACCACUCGGAGCGCGCCCGCGAGCCGGAGCAAGUGCCCGCCAAGAAAGGUAAAGGCUCGUCGUCGAGCAGUACCAGUCAAGGUAGCAGCAGCAAGCAUCAGCAGCUGGCGGCGGCGGCGGCCGCUCAGAUGGCGUUCGAGCAGCACAGCGCCGCCGCCAUGCAGGCGCUGCAGCACCAGCUGCUCAGAGGUCUUAGCGGCGCAGGAGGCGGAGGCGCGAUGUCCCCGGCGGCCACGGCGGCCGCCAUGAUGCAGUUCUCUCCCUUACUCUACACCUACCAACUGGCCAUGGCGCAAGCAUCUGCCUUGGGCAAGAGAUCCGGCAAAAGCGGCAGCGGCGGCAGCAGCGCAGCGAUGGCUGCCGAAAUGCAGCGCGUGGCCGAGGCUCAGAGGCAGUACCUGCUGGACAUGAUCCCCGGGCAGCACCAGCGGAACCCCUGGACCAAGAACUGAGAUGAAAAUAACGCAUUUUCUAGAACACAAGAGAAUCUAAAUAAGGUCAAUCGCACACACUACAAAUGGAGUGGUUUCGUUACAUUGUAUACAUCGAGUACAAGAUUUUCAGCCAUUUUCUUAAAAAAUUUGACCAUGACAAAGUUAUUCAGUUAUUUUGAAGUCCACUACUUUAUUUGAGGAUCAAAACAAUAGGGAUCUCGAACCCUCCAGAUAUACAUUCGCGGUCUUAUAUAAUGUUUUUCAGAUAAAGUAUUUUUUACAAAAAUUAUAUAUUAUAGUCAAAAUAUAAUUUACCAUCUUAUUGUAUGAGAUGUAUAUUAAGCGAUUUUAAAUUGAUUUCUCAAUGUCCAUUUCAAUUUAAUUCAUACGUCUUUUUCCCUUACGAGGUGUGCCAACAGCCUCUAAAAAAGACCGCGUUCGGCUAGAUGAUUUUUGAGAUUUAGGUAGCAAUGGAGGCCCAUCGCCUAGAAAAUGAAUCCAAAGUUUAUAAGCCUUUAUCUUGUAUUAAUUUUAAUAUCAUCCAUCACACAUAAAAUUAACCUAUGAUCGCCAGUUACGAAAUUUUCGUAAAUAAUUAUUUGGCAUAUAAAUAUAGUAAUAAUAUACAGUAUAACCUCAUUCAUCCGGCAAUCGGAAUGUUCGGAUUACUUGAUUAUAGUGAAAAAAAUCAUAGGUAAUGAAUAAAAAUAUAAAGCAUUUCAACUAAAUGUACGUAAAGUAUUAAAUUAACAUGUACACGUGUAAUUACUGAAUAACUAAAUAAUCUUUUAUUGAAUCGCUCCAUGUUAAAAGGGCGAUAGUCCAGACACCUAAACUUUCAGAAAUUACGUAGUACGUACUUUAGAUAUGCUCCAUCGACGUGCCCGAUUAGUGAGAUUAUACUGUAUUAAUUAUAAUGAAAGUAUGAUAUUAUUAUUAUUAUAUUAUUACAAACUGCAGAAAAGCAUAACUGAAAGUUCGUUCUGUACUUUAUCAUCUCAUAGACGCCACUUUUUUCGAUCAGUGCGAUUGGACUAGCAAGCUAGUUAGAUAUUAUUAGCAGAUACUUUUAACAUUUUAAUGAUAGGGUUAAUGCACAAGAUACGUAAAUCGUAUAUUAACGUAAGAAUAAUAAUGUUUGUGUGUACUAAUUAAGGCUCGAUUUUAUAUGAUUUAUUAAUUAUAAAUAAAA